GCGAUCGCGUCCGAAGGCGCGCGGCCGUCGGGCGAGGCCGGCGCGACUGCGACCAAGGCAAGGAGGAGGGCGACGAAGGCGAGGCCGAAGAUGGCGGCAACGUCGGCCGCGCCAAAGCCUCGCGAUGUCGCGCCGGACGAAGAGGCGGCGGCCGAGGAGGAGGCGGCGCCAGACGAGGAGGAGGAGGAGGCGGCGGCGGAGGAGGAGGCGGCGGCGGCGGCAGAGGCGGGUGCGGGUGCGGGAGAGGCGGAGCGACCGGCGGCCGCGGCGCCAGAGGAGGAGGACGCCCCGCCGCCAAAGGCGUAGGUCGGGGCGGCGAGGUGAGGGUCCUCGUGGGCGCCAGAGGAGGCCGCCGCCGCCGCCGGAGCAGAGCGCCACGCCGGCAGCCAGGAGGUGCGGGACCGACCGGCAUCGGACAGUGCGGGCGCAGCAGCAGGCCGCCGCGCCUGCGCCUGCGCCGCCGCCUGCGCCGCCUUUGCCGCCUGCGCCGCCUCCGCCUGCGCCGCCUCCGCCUGCUGCUGCCGCGCCGCCGCCGCCGCCGCUUGCUGCUCGGCGAGCGGUACGUUGGUUGUCGG